UUUAACGGGAACGGACGAACGAUAACCGAACAAAAUUUACGCGAAUUUUUCUCUAUAGACGCGACUUAACGAAAAAAAAAAACUAUCAUAGAAAAAUAAAAUAAACUCCUUUAGUGACGGUCCGUGUAAAACUUCAGUACACCACAUUAUAUGCCGGAAAGUUUCACCUACUUUCGGAAUGUGAAUUGGAUUUUUAGGAACAAAAAUUAAAAGUCAACAGUUUUCUUUAUAUAUUUAUAGCUUAAUGUUUCGGAAAGUUUUGCCGUUUUGCUUGAAAGUUACUUAAGUGAUUCGUGGUGCAUUAUUAACUUUUCGAAAAUGGGAGCUUUGGGAGAUCGUCGGAUGGCGGGAAUGAUCGUGGGAAUUUUGGCGAUUUUUGCCGGAUUAACAGCUGGUGCUGGUACUACCAAAACCAAAGACAUGUUCGCGCACGUAGACACGACCGCCCGCCUACCGUGUCCGGUGAACCCCGGUUUGUGCGGAAAACUCCACAGUGUCAAAUGGUACAAGGAUACAUCCAGGAUAUACGUGCUGAGCCACUCUGGAACCAUCAGGAGACCCGAGGGAGACGCCAAAGAAAGGAUGAAAGUGGAAUAUCCAACGGAUUCUGGACAGGCGAUUCUUCAGAUUGAGCAAGUUCAGAUAGAAGACGAGGCCAUCUAUAAAUGCGAAAUCACUUAUAUUGAAGUGAAGGAGAGUUGCCACGAGGUGGUGCAAAUAGUGAAUCUGACAACACUGGUCAGCCCUAAGGAGGUCAAAGUGAUGAAAGACAACGAGGUGAUAAAAAAUGGCUCAAUACUAGGACCCAAAGAAGAAGGAGAUGAAGUCGAUCUGGUAUGCGAGGCCGGACCUGGAAAACCCACCCCCAGGGUCAACUGGUAUAACGGGACAACGUUAAUCUCUAGAGCUCAGUACAAAGUCAAGGAGGAGAAAGACGGGCGAGGCACCGGCAUAUCGAAACUGCAACUGACCCUAUCGCGGGGCGAUUUAAAGGCGCGAUUCGAGUGCAGGGUGGAGAGCGAAGCCCUAGAGGAGCCCAUCGUGUCUUUUCUCACCGCAGAUGUUCACGUAAAACCCACUUCGAUGAAACUAACUGGACCUCCCACCUACACAGUCCAAGGAUCUAACGUAAUGAUUAUGUGUGACGUAUUUGGAGCAAGACCACCGGCAAAAAUUCGUUGGACCAACGGAUCAGUCGCUAUAACGAACGAAACUCUCGUACGUACGGACGUGGAACACAUGAAAGACGGAACGUACAACACCAAAAGCCAGUUCGUGUUCCAAGCAAGCCACUACGAAAAUGGAAUAAAGAUUCAUUGUUAUGCCGAGAAUGAGGUGACGAAACACAAAGGUGAACCCGAGGGACAUCAAGUCUUAAUUUUGGAAGUUAGAUAUGCCCCAGUGAUCUUGGUGAGACCCAAGUACAUCACAGUCAACGAGAGCACCAACAACACUUUGCUCAUAUGCAGCUACAAAGCGAACCCCCAGGAACUCAAAGGAGCGUCAUGGACGAAAGAUGAUAAGGAACUAAACCUCACUGACGAGAAAAAGUAUAAGGGGGGCACAAUAGAAAACCCCCCUUUGAUCAUUUAUAACGUUACCAGAGAGGAUAUGGGGGAGUACACUUGCUGGCUACAAAACGAGAUUAGAAUGGAGAAAUCUGAGGAUACCAUUUACCUUAAUGUUCAAUAUACUCCUGACGUGGAGGUACUUAUGGACCCGGCUACUCCAGUGAAAGCCCUCGACAAGACCAACGUUAUGCUUCUAUGCAACGUCACCUCUGGAAAUCCGGGAAAUUUGUCCAAAGUGCGUUGGUUUCUGGACGGCGAACUGAUGAAGGAAUUCCCGGAAUGCAAUUACACCGCCAAGGACGGAGGACCGUUUUGCGGUCUGGAUCCAAGUAUCCUAAGUCUGGAAAGGGUUGACGAGACGUUUGCCGGGAAUUACACGUGCCAGGGCGAGAAUGUAGCCGGAUGGGGCCCGAUUUCCGAACCGGUCGAACUUGUUGUUUAUUAUCCGCCAAGCCCAGCAAAAAUCCGCUCCUACCCCACGAAAGUAAUAAAAGGGGCGGAAGUGAACUUGGAAUGUAAAGUGGAAUCGCCGGGUCGGCCAGAUAACGUAACGUACAUCUGGCACCGCGGAUCCCACCAAAUGACCGAAGUCACAUCGGCAAAAUUGAAAAUUGCCCCCGUAGGUCUGGAAACGAACAGCAAUUUCACUUGUAUCGCGGUUAAUGAGGGAGGACAAAGCGAACCUGCUACUUUGUUUGUGAAUGUUAACGCCCCUCCGGCACUGUUCGACCGCUGGAAAACUUAUCAAGGGAUCCUCUACUCUGCCGAGCAAAUAAACCUGACGUGUCGCGUGGAAUGUUCUCCAUUAUGCAAAAUUGUCUGGAAGAAAAAUGGAAAACUGAUCGAUUUCGAUAACGACCCCCUGUAUUACAAUAAGACCGUGAUCCAUGAGCCGGAUCUUCAGAAGAACAUGUUCGAAUCGAUCGAAUCCACUUUGAUAUGGAAUAUGACGGCGUGGCCGGGCAACAAGCUGAACCGCACCGCACCGAACACGAAUUACACCUGUCAAAGCGAAUCGAAUCAGAUCGGACCCGGGGUCAGUUCGACGAUCGAAAUCGCCGUCGACUAUCCACCAGAAGACGUCCGGGUGUCCACCAAGGUGGUGAACGUGGUCGAAGGACAAGCACCGAGUCCCGUGAAGUGUACGGGCAAAGGACAUCCGAACUUAAAUUACAGAUGGAAGAGGAACCAGACGGCUGAAGCGAAGGAAAACGGCGAAGAACUUCGUUUAGGUCCCAUGGUGCGGUCAGACUCUGGAACUUACAUUUGUGAAGGGUAUAAUAAGCACGGGGCUAUGACGGAUGUGGUUUACUUUAAUGUGAUGUAUGCCCCAGAGUGUUCGAUAACCCGUACCAAGAGAGACAGCAGUCCGGCUCUGCUCUGUACCGUCCAAGCAAAUCCCCAAGAAGUGUCCUUUUUCUGGAAGGUGAGAGAGGGCAAUGAAACGUACAAUUUAGUGGACAGCAAUUACAUCCAAACGGACGGACUUAAGAGUUACUUGAUCCUUGACUCCACCGUGGACACGAAGAGAACGUAUCAGUGUUUUGCGAAUAAUUCGGUCGGGUUCAGUGAUAAACAGCCAUGCGAAAUGGAUGUGGCAGGUAUCCUUCCCUGGUGGAAACGCCUCACCAAAGAGAACCUCUACAUCAUCAUAGCGAGCAUCAUCGCCAUCAUUAUCUGCGUCAUCAUCAUCUGCAUAGUGAUCAUCAUCUUGUGCAGAAGAAAAAGGGCCGGCACCAAAUACAAUAAUCCGCUUGAAAUGGAGGAACGUGAAAAACCAGAGGGAAGUUCCUGUUUCGACCAAUCGAAAUGGCCCUUAAAACCCGGAGUGCUCGUGCACAUAAGCAAAAUGAAUAACAUCAAUAUCAGCCAAUUGAACCCGAGAAUGAGCCCGUUUAAAACCACUUCGGUAAAAACCAGCGCCUAUUUAAAAUAUAGGAGAAGGCAAAAAAAAGUUUACGCGAGACUGAAAGGAAUUAAAGAGGCGUUGGGUUUGAGUAGGCACGAUCGUCCUUUUGGUAUUAAAGAGGGACCCACGGGAGUGGUCACUUUUAAAAAGAUCCAGUCGUCGCCAAAUGUCCAGAGGGUGGACGGUACCAACACUAGAAAGAGGAAGAAGCCCGGUGAUGCGCCCGUCAACCCAUCAUCUAUAGUAGGAGAUAAGAUAAGGCCGGGGGUUGUCCGACCGGUUGGAAAUAUGAAGGACCACCCCUUGACCAAACUACCCGAGCCGAGCGACGAGGGUUUUUAUGAAAACCUUCCCUUCCACGGAAUGUCCCAGCCGCCCAAUAAGCCCAUGUCUAUAAUAGCCCCGUUUAACCACAAUUUCAACCCUACCCUUAACAGCCCCCUUAACCAAUCCCUCCCUUUGAUGCCACAAAAAAACCCCGCCGUCAAAAGAAACCAGUCAUUCCAUGGGUUCCAAUCGACAGGGAUACCGAGACGUUUUGGAGAACCCCAGCUACCAUGGGCCACUCAGUAUAGCAUUUUCAUGAAGAAUAUCACCAGCCAAACCCUACUGGGAUCCACACCAAAUGUCCCUUUCUUACCAUUUUUAGGGAGUCAAAGUUUCGGCGUAAACCCCGCUUACCAGAAUAACCAGUAUUACCAGCCGUUAGGUCCGAUAGGACCCAAAUCAUCCACCCCAAGGGUGGAAGGGAGAAAUGAGGCAAGUUUUGAACUAAAACGUUCCGCCUCAUUGCCCAAAGAAAAACCAAAGAAGCCCACUUUAGUCGCUAAGAGGUUUAAUUCGUUAAAAACCGAAAAGCAUAAGUGCUACUCUCCAACCUUUUACUCGAUGCGGUGCAAGAAGCAUGCCAAAAAGAGACCGAUAGUCUAUGCCUUACCAAAGAAGUGCCUUAACCAUUUGCCAAAGAAACCUUUGGGAGUUACCAAGAGUGAGGACUUUCAAAACCUCACUGAUAGCAUUCAAAUACUUGAACAAAGCAGUGAAGGAAAACAGAGUACUCCAGUGCCGGCACCGCGGUGCAAAAAGCACAAAAGACCCGACAUAAUUUACGCGAACAUUUGCGACUCUUUGCAAACCCAUUUGGAAACUUCGUCGUCGAGCGACACGAGCAAAGCAGGCGAAACCUCCAUCAUUCAAGCGGAAGUGCACACAAAAGAAGAAACUUCCUCCAUCACCUCCAAACCGAAAAUAGUCGAUCAUUCGCCCAAACUGAUCGCGGCAACUCCCAAGCAACUUCACACAGUUGCCCCGAUACCAAAGAUCUCCUCACAAGCAAUGAAGAACUCCCCAGUAUUGAAAGUGAGUCCGAACUUCAUAAAGCCGAAAGUGGAGAGCCCUAAGGGGGCACUUUCGCUCAAGAUUCAGGCGAAGAGGAAAUCUUCGCCUGAAGUUCAGAGUCCCACUGAGAUGCCAAAGAUUAGUUUAGUUAGGAGUGUUGAGGAGGAGAAGAAAAUGAGUAAUGUUUCUACUCAGAGUCGUAUUGAGAUGCCAAAGAUUGAUUUAGUUAGGAAUGAUGAGGGAGGUGAGGAGAAGGAAAUGGGUCAUGGUUCUAUUCAGAGUCCUACUGAGAUGCCAAAGAUUAACUUAGUUAGAAGUGGUGAGAAGAAGGAGGGUUCCUGUUCUAGUUCCAUGCCAAAGAUUAAUGUGACGUGGAUUAGUGAGGGUGGUGAAGAGAAGAAGAAGAGUCCCGUGUCCGUUCCUAAAAUGCCACUUUUAAAGCCUAAAAGUCCUAAUGAUGUUUUUUCUGCUGCUAGUGAGAACGCUUUUUACACACUAACAGCUCCGCAUUGUAAGCAAACCGUUCUGCCUCCCCAGUAUUCCGCCACGAUUCCCCACCCCCAGAAGCACACGAAAUUAAUACCGAAAGCCCUAUUCCAAGAGCAACUAGCCAAGAGCAAAAGUUUCUCCAGCAAAUCCUCCAAGCAGAAACGCCACUUCCAAAUACCGUUGCAGAAGUGUCACAGUUUCAAAUUUCAAACUGCCGAGAGCUAUUUUCAACCGAUCAAGAAUAUCCACGAGGAGAACCUUAUGAGAAACGGGUACAUGAGUGAUUAUCCGGCCAGUUCGUCCAGUACAAGCAGUUUGCACCAUAAGAGACAAAAACCAAAGCAAAAAACCAAAGGGCCGCUAGUGCUGAGGCACGCGAGCGAUUAUAAAGAGCAAUUUCCCGAGAAUAUCCAGAGUUCCGUGCAGCUCCAGUAUCCGCAGCCGAUUAAUCCAGGUAGGGGUCCGCACCACGGUAAACCGAACGGUGUAGUGCAGUAUGCAGACUUGGAUAUGUCGGAUAGCAGGAAGAGUUCGAGUUCCAGUUCGUCCAAGAGUCACAGCAACAAAAAACAGAAACCAAAGACUGAGUAUGCCACUUUGAGGUUCAACGAGGUGGGGCAAGAGAUCGACGUUUAACAUAUGGAGUGGCUUUAGGAUUAAGAAUUUAUUAUUAUAAGACUAACGGAACUGCACCCGCCGGUAGUGAUACGUAUAUUUUUUAAGCCGUUUAGACCGGAACCCUGUGAUCUAAUCUACGCGGAUGCGGACUACAUGUCGCACUACGGCCCUAUUAACUAUAAGGCCGCAUCCAUUUAUGCCACUGUGA